AUGGAACAGAAUCCUGAGGAACGGCCUUUUGGGCCAUGCAAAGCCCCCUUUGUCCAUAAUCGGUGGGACAAGUACCAAAUGUUUUCUACCGAAGCUGGAGAAAAACCCCAGCCACAGAUUUUCGGUGUAAACGACGAGCGCCGUGUUCUCGCUGGACUACUCGUUUGGCCUCCCACCCGAGUGGCACCAGGGGAGAACAUGGUACUGGCAGCAAUGGUUAAGAUAUCACCUCCUCCACAUCCAAAUUGGAUAAAGACAGUGUGUCGCAUGAUAGCUUUCCCCACUCGAAAAAACCCCGAGGACAAAUUCGAUAAAAAGGCCGAAAUCUGCCUUGCCACACAAGAUAUUGGCUGGAGAAAGCCAGGAAACUUCGAAGACUUUAGAGAGCUAGACUUCCUACACUUCAAGUUCGAGAAUGUUGCCUUCCCCAGAGCAGGAGAGUUCGAGGUCAGGUUCGAAGUCAACGUGACUGAGUAUUUGGACGCAGGAGAAAACCCCAUAGUUGACUGGCCGCCUGAACACCUUUGGCCAUCAGAGGCCCACAUGGAAAUCAGAUUGGGAACCUCGCGUGACCUGUACAAAGAAACUGGGUUUUGCGCAGGCAUUUUGGUAGUUGGUCAGCAGACGCACGUCAGGGAAGAAUAUAAAGGGAAAUGGUUUGACCAUCAACUGGAAAAAGAGGAACAUGGCGAUUUACCUGAGGGUCAGGAUGAAGAGUUGUGGGUUCGUUUGGGGGAGUCCGAGUACAUCAAAGAUCUUCAGGAGGAGGCGACAAAAAAGGUCCUUGAUAAUGAAGGGCGAUAUUGA